AUGGACGCCAAGGCCGUCAUUACCGAGCUUGGAUGCCAUCCUGACACUCUCAACAACACCAAGCUUACCCAGCUCAUUCUUGAGCUCCAUGCUGUGGUUGGAACUCCGGCAACGCCAUCGGCGUGCAACAUGCUGUACGAGGUGGCGGCGGUGGCGCCGAAGCACGUGGCGGACAUCCACCUGCCGUUCCUGGCCGGAUACGUGGCCGAUGAGCGGAUUCGCAAGCCGCAGUUUGCAGCUGCCACCAAGUGGCUGAAGAAGAACAAGAACGUGCCGGUGGCCGAGCUCGACGUGGCGGCGUUUGAAAAGGCGUCUGGCGUCGGCGUCUCGUACACCGACGAGCAGAUCGGCGCGGCGGUGGCCAAGACGCUCGAGGCGCACGCCGAGGAACUGCAGCGGAUGCGGUACCACAUGAAGACCGGCAAGCUGCUGGGCCAGACGACGCGCUCGCUGCCGUUUGUGGAUGGGGCGCGGGUGAAGAACAUCCUUGACGCCAAGAUCGCCGAGACGCUCGGCCCACGGACCGCGUUUGACGACGGCCCUCCGCCGGCGGCACCGGUCAAGGGCGGCAAGGGCAAGGGCAAGGGCAAGGGCGGCAAGGGCAAGGGCAAGGGCAAGGGUAACGAGGCCGGCGCGUCGGCCGCUGCUGAGGUUGCCGAGACGACUGCCGAGAAGAUUGUGUUCUCCGCGCCCGAAGAGAACGAGCAGGACGAUCCCAAGCUGCUUGCGGAGCAUCUGGCGACGACGGGCGGCAAGGUGGUGACCCGGUUCCCUCCCGAGCCGAACGGCUUCCCGCACAUCGGACACGCCAAGUCGAUGGGCCUCAACUUUGGCUACGCCAAGGCCAAGGGCGGCAUCUGCUACCUGCGGUACGACGACACCAACCCCGAGGCCGAGAAGCCCGAGUACUACAAGGCCAUCCGCGAGGCCGUGGCGUGGCUCGGCCACGAGCCGGUGGCGGUGACCAAGGCAUCGGACUACUUUGAGCAGAUGUACGCGUAUGCCGAGCAGCUCAUUCUCUCCGGCCACGCAUACGUGUGCCACCAGAACAAGGCCGAAAUUGUCGAGUCGCGGCAGAAGCGGACCAACUCGCCGUGGCGCGACCGCCCGGCGGCCGAGUCGCUCAAGCUCUUCCGCGACAUGCGCAAGGGCAAGAUCGGCGAGGGCGAGGCCACGCUGCGGCUGAAGAUGGACAUGCAGAGCGACAACCCGUGCAUGCGCGACCUCAUCGCCUACCGCGUCAAGUUCCACGAGCACCCGAUGGCUGGCGACGCAUGGUGUGUCUACCCGUCCUACGACUUUGAGCACUGCAUCGUCGACGCACUCGAGAACAUCACCCACUCGCUCUGCACCCUCGAGUUUGGCCUCCGCCGCGAGUCGUACCACUGGCUCCUCAAGGCUCUCGGCAUCUACCGCCCGGUCGUGUGGGAGUACUCGCGGCUUAACAUCACCCACGUCGUCGUCUCCAAGCGCAAGCUGCGCGCCCUCGUCGAGGACGGCUUUGUCGACGGCUGGGACGACCCGCGCAUGCCGACCCUCUCCGGCCUGCGCCGCCGCGGCUACACCCCGGCCGCCAUCAACAAGUUUGUUGACCUUGUCGGCGUGACCCGGACCGAGAACCUGGUCCGCUACGAGCUCCUCGAGCACUGCCUCCGCGAGGAUCUUGGCAACAUUGCCGAGCGGCGCAUGGUGGUCCUUGACCCGCUGGAGGUCAUCAUCGCCAACGUCGACGCCGUCGCCCCCGCUGCUCAGACCGUCGCUGCCGCAAGCUUCCCCAAUGCCGCCGAGGGCACGCCGGAGGCCGCCAUGACCUACCCGGCCUCGUUUGCUGCGGGCAAGAUCUACAUCGAGGCCCGCGACUUCCGCCUCAACGACUCGAAGAAGUACUUUGGCCUUGCUCCGGGCAAGGUCGUCCGCCUCCGCUACGGCCCUGUCGUCCGUGCCGUCGCCAACGAUGUCGACGCCGCCGGCAACGUUACUUCGGUCACCGUCGAAAUCGUCACUGACGAGUCGACCCUGACCGGCAAGUCCAAGAAGCCCAAGGCCAUCCACUGGGUCGGAUGGGUGUCGCCCACCACACCGCCGGCCCAGGUUGCCGUCCGCAACUACGGGGUGCUCUUCAAGUCCGAGAACGUCGCCGCCGCCCCAGACUGGCGCGCCGACGUCAACGAGAACUCGCGUGUCGACCUCGUCGGCUACGUGCCGCCCGUCGUCCUCAACGACCUCAAGGUGCCCGAGAAGCAUCUCCAGUUUGAGCGCGUCGGCUACUACGUCACCGACGUCAAGUCCAACGCGCUCAACCAGUGCUGCGAGCUCAAGGCCACCAACGCUCUGUUCUAACCAAG